CAAAGCCAAAGGUCGCCGCCGCCGCCCAGCGAGCCUGCCGAGAUUGUCUGCCUGGAUGGCGAGCCAGACGAGCACCGGUACACUCAACGCGAGCACGACCGAUCCCAGUAUCUUCCAAGGCGCGCCAGAUGGCUAUGUCAUCCCACGCUGGCCGGCCUUGUACGAUCCUUCGAAGCCCGGCGUGUAUCUCUACUACCCCUACACCAUCUGGCGCUUCACCGUUUAUUGGACACUGCUCCUCUCGGGCACCGUCUUCCUCGUCUCCGGCAUCACCGCCUUUCUCUUUAUAGGCAGAGGUAAAUCGGGACGACAGCUCAUGGCCGUCAUUGCGAUCCCCGUCGCGUUUGUCUUGUUCGGCAUGAUCACCAUGUUUGUCUCUGCAACGAUUGUAGGCUUUGCACUCGCUGCACUGUACACUGCUGGCUUCUUGAGAAUGUCGACCUGGGUGCCCUUUCUUUGGGCGCUCACUCAGAUACUCGUCGUAACCAUCUCGAGCUACUCGACUCUGCCGACAAUCAUGUAGCUCUCACAGCAGCUCUCUUGCACGAGAUCGACUGCGCUAGGAACCUUACUGACAUGAUCAAGAGAGCGACAUACUGAUCAGAUCAUCUGUCGCCCUCCGGUGGCAAGCUGCAGACACUUUUGAGGCAGCGGGAACCACCAACUUCGCGACUAGCCUCACUCCGUCCGAAGAGUCUCGGACAGACAGCUCAUCACUUGAGCCCCACGAUGACAGCGUUCCUGCUUGGCACAUCAGACAACGCCAUCAUCGGGCUCUCUAUAGCCGCUGCUCAACGUGGCAAGCGCUACGUGUCAUACGCCCAUGUCAUACGCUUGCCGGACAGCACACACGGCACGCAUCAAGACAGCCCUUCACGACGACACUUGAUAGCGAGUGUUCUCCUGUAGGCCUUCUCUCCAUAGGCUCUGCCAUCUCUUGCAAGGCUUGCUGCUGCCUCUCGACAAAACACGCGUG